CUGACAGCGUAAAUGUCACGUAGGCCGCUGCUACGUUGUUGUGUACAUUGCCAGGCCCCUCAUUCCAGGACGCAUGCGUCUCACUGAGGACGGCGAAGACGGUACUCAGCUGUGCAGGAAGUUAGCCGGCAGCUUCACUUACCCAUUAACCCAUUUUUACCGCUUAAUAAGAAACAAGUUGGCAUGGCUCCAGCCCGUAAAAGCAGCUGGUGACAGUGGAGUGUUGUUUUUUUCCAAGGACUGAUUGACAGUCAGUGUGAUAAGCGGCAGGUAACACAGAGUUCAUAGUGCUACUACCCACGGUCUCUCUCUGCGGAACCUACGCGUACGUGCGGUAGUGUUGCCCGCUAUCAAGAGGUUCAAAUCAGGACAAAUCGGCGACUAUGUGUUCGGUAAUAAGCAGAGUGAAGCCCGUUCAGCGGGCCCUGGCUUCGACGCUACGGCUCAGGACAAACGCUGACGGCUUGAAUUACGCGGCAGCCCAGAGCAGGCGCUUCUGCCCCGGCUUUAGCACUGGAGCUCAGCCGCUAUGGGUAACCAGCAGAUCCUACUGCGCCAGGAUAGCAACGACGGAUGGACUCUUCUUCAGACAGUUGUUUGAAGCAGAGAGCAGCACAUACACCUACCUGCUGGCAGACACAAACACCAAGGAGGCUGUCAUCAUUGAUCCUGUGCUGGAGACCAUUGACAGGGACCUGAAAUUCGUAAGCGAACUUGGACUCAGUCUAAAAGUGGCAGGUACCUACCUUCCCAAAAAAAGAGUACCUGGACUGAAGAGUGCCAUUUCCAAAUGCAGUGGUGCAUCUGCUGAUAUCCACUUAACAGAGGGAGACAAGAUCCCCUUUGGAAGACACUGCCUGAUUGUGAGAGAGACACCAGGACACACUGAUGGGUGUAUAACACUGGUAACUGGGGAUCAGACCAUGGCUUUCACUGGUGACGCUCUCCUCAUUAGAGGCUGUGGCAGGACAGACUUCCAGCAGGGUUGUGCCGAAAAGCUCUACCAUUCAGUCCAUGAGAAAAUCUUCACCCUGCCUGAUGAGUGCCUCAUCUACCCAGCACAUGACUACUUAGGUCAGACGGUUUCUACAGUGGGCGAGGAGCGCAAGUAUAACCCACGCUUGACUAAGAGCAUGGAGGAGUUUGUGGAGAUCAUGAACAACCUGAACCUCCCUAAGCCUAAAAAAAUAGAUAUUUCAGUGCCUGCUAAUCUAGUUUGUGGAGUGCACAGCAUUUGAAUGGAUGAAAAAGGCUUCUACUAAAGUCCUGAGCACCACCACAAAAUGAUUGAUAUUUACAUUUUAAUCGAAAUUGCUUAUCAUAGAGUGCUCUAUUGUGGUUCCCUGUGUAAAUGUAAAAGUUAAUUUUUGAACUGUUGUGAUCAUUUUUUGUUAAGCUACUUACAUUAUAUUUAAAAAUGUAUAUUUAUGUUUAUUUUAGCUGUUUAUG